AUGUUUGCCAAUGAUGAGGUUUGGAUCCAAGGCAUUCUAUCUUUUGUUGGCUUUGGACAGUACGCCUUUGUAGGAGCAGUCAACAAAAGGAUGAACCGAUUCUACAAAGCCUACUGUGAAAUUGAACUCAAGAAGAAGCCAAGACUGGUGAAAAGGUUCCCUGAUUUCCCUGGACUGUCUUUCGAUCGCGGUCGCUCUGCAGAAAUCACCGACACUCUCUACAGCGAAACAUUCUAUAACGAGCCACGUGCAGAAUACUGGCUCAGGGACAAUUCCACCCACAAAACACCUGGUCAUGAUCAGGUUUGCACUGCCAUUGCCACAGUUGGAAGUCAUACUGUCAUGCAGUGGGCACGAAAACAGGGAUUCCCAUGGAAUGAAGGCACAUGCUUUUUUGCUGCUAAAAAUGGACAUUUGGAAAUGCUCCAAUGGCUUCGUUCAAAUGGGUGUCCAUGGGAUGAAACUACAUGUGCCGCUGCUGCUGAAGGUGGACAUUUCGAAAUUCUAAAGUGGGCUCGUGAAAAUGGUUGUCCAUGGACAUCAGAUACAUGUGCCCGUGCUGCCAAAACUGGACAUUUGGAUAUUCUGAAGUGGGCCCGUGCAAAUGGGUGUCCAUGGGAUGAAUGGACAUGUGCCUAUGCUGCUGAGAAUGGGCAUUUGGAAAUUCUCAAGUGGGCUCGUGAAAAUGGUUGUCCUGGACAUCAGAUACAUGUGCCCGUGCUGCAAAACUGGACAUUUGGAUAUUCUGAAGUGGCUCGUGCAAAUGGGUGUCCAUGGGAUGAAUCGACAUGUGCCCGUGCUGCUGGAAAUGGUCAUUUGGAAAUUCUCAAGUGGGCUCGUGAAAAUGGUUGUCCAUGGAACAUAUUCACGUGUUCCGGUGCUGCUCAAGGUGGACAUUUGGAAAUUUUGAUGUGGGCUCGUGCAAACGGUUGUCGAUGGGACGCAUACACGUGUUCCGGUGCUGCUGAAGGUGGACAUUUGAAAAUACUGCAUGGGCUCGUGAAAAUGGGUGUCCAUGGGAUGAUAGGACAUUUGAAGCCGCCCGAAGAAGCAGAAGUAGCAACGAAACGGAAGUGA